AUGAGGCUAAUUUAUACACCGCUCUUUAUAUCCCUUGCUACUUUAUCCCAAGCACGACAGUUCCACUUGGACACUGGGUCCAAUGCUGUGUGUUUCCAAGUAUCGAACCCAACAACUGUUGAGAUUACAAGAACAUUAGGUACUGAACCAAUUCCAAUAGCAAUCUUUGAAUAUGGAAACAGACAUUCGUUAAAAAACUUGCCCAAUUUUGACUUUUUGGUCACUGAUGCAAAGUUAGAUGAGUAUUUUGAGUUUGGUGAGUUUACUUUCUCUAAUGGCUCACCUACUGCAUUUAACACAAGCUUGGGACAGAAGUUGGAGUUUGACGUGACAUCGACCGUGUGGUGUUUGUACACGCCGAAAGUACUGUCAUAUGAAUACAAAGUUGAUGUUAGAGAGUACGGGUAUUAUGAAAAAUACGAUGAUUUAUGGUGGUUGGUUGUAAACAUUGUGGUUAGUUUGUUUUUUGCUAGGUUGUUUUACUUUGGCUCCAAUCCUCCAAUUUUAUACAUGGCUGAAGUAAACUUACAAUUGAUUAAAGUGGCAGUGUUUUUAUUCACGACAAUCUUGGUGGUUUUCAAUUUAAAUGUUGCAAAGUAUGCCGAUUACAUUUCAGCAAGUUUGGACGAUGUAUUUACCAUGUUGUUUCUUCUGGGUUAUGGACUCACGUAUGCAAACAGGCAAGACUAUAACGUGAAAAAAGUUGCAUUUAUUACUUUGCUAUGUGUAGUACCGGCUUUUGGAACAAGGUAUUUUGACUUGAAGAACAACAUACAAUACAUUUCGAUCAACAAUCAGCAUUAUAAUGUGGUUCAAGGAGUAAUGGGGUCAGAAGUUUAUGAUGGGCUUGAUAGAGUAGCAAGAUUGACACAGGAGAAUAUGAUCAAUAAGUUAAGUGGAGUUGUUGCUCUUCUUUUUGCAGUUUCAAAAAUUAUCAAGAUUGGCUCUUAUGUAUAUGCUAUCAAAAAGACGUUGAAACUGUUGACAGUGGUGAACCCAAUCGCAAGGCCAUACUACAUUGGGACCAUCAUUAUCUGGCUAUUCCUUUGGCUGUUAAUCAGUGUUGCAUUGGCUCCAGAUAUGUUUUACAAUUUUACAAAUGUUACAAACUAUGCAAAAGUAUUGAAAGAGUUUUUGAUCUCUUAUAGACAAAGAAAGUUUAUUACAUUUUUGUGGGAUGAAUCACACUGGAUUGUCUUUUGGUUGAUCUGGUAUUUCGGUAAAGGCAUGUUGAAGGAGGAAAAAGUUGAUGUAAAGGAUCAUGUAGAUUAG